CCACCAACCAAGGCUUGUCAGGGGCAGCUAGCAGGGGCGCACGGGCAUUCGCCAGGCCAGAAUAGCAAUUGAUUAUUGAAUAGCUGUGGAGACGAUCCACGUCAUCUGCGCUUCAGAGGUCGCAUAAUCACAUCACUAAACAGCCAUACAGCCAGACCGGACAUCAUCUUCGCCACAUUUGGUAGCAGGACGACAAUCAUGGAAGAGCCUGAGGAAAGUGAAACAUCAUCUGAUUCCAGCUGCGGUUCUCUGGAAGAGGAUGGGCACCACUUCGACUUUGGCCCUUUCUACAAGCAACCCCAGUUCUGUGACCGGACCAUCCGCCUUGAGAUCCUGGAUGAUGAGCUGUCCGAUCCGAAAGAGGCCAGAAGCAGCGAACCGGCUCUGCAGAACAGCCCCACGGAAGAGCGAAACCAAGAGACUCCAGAAGCGGAGAGAACCGCUGCCAAGAACGCUUCAGAAGGGGACGCAGUGGGAGCAGAGAAAGAGACCAUUGCUGGUAAGAAACGGGCAAGAGAAGAGGGGGAGAAUCCUGGAAGCCAAGAGAUAGCGGAGUCAGCUAGUGGGAGGGCAAUACGAACCUCGGAGCGCCUCGCCAAGCGCAGGGAUAGAGGCAUGUCUGCUGAUUACAGGGAAAGCUCUCCAAGCGAGAACGAGGAUGGGGACAAGUCCGGUCAUGAGGAAAAUGACACGGAGACCGGCAGGGGGCAGAGUGAGACAGAAAAGGCAGCCAAUGGUGAAAAAAAUGACUGGCGGGAAAGCUCUGCCGAGAUAGAGGAGGCAGAGGAAAUACCAAUCUCUUCAGUGAUUGUCGCUGCAAAGAGCCACGUGCUGAGAGCGAUGCUGUCGAGCGACAUGAGGGAGGGGCAGAAGGAUGCUCCGAUCGUGCUCAAGGUCACGGGCCAAGAGAAACGAGCGUUCAAGGAGAUGGUUGACUUCUUCUACACCGGAACCCUCUCUGAGCGGCUCCAAGCCGAAGAGACGUCCGUCUCUGAGUUGAUUCUGGCCCUUCUCAUCGGGGAUAAGUUCGACGCGCCCUCCUUCAUGGGGGCCGUAGUCACGGUUCUGAAAGAGCGAGUGGAAGAGAAUGGAGACUCGGAUCUGGAAGCGAUUGCCGUCGAUAUCCCGGAGGUUUUGCAGCAACGGAAAGGGGUGAAAGCAUUGGUAGAAAGCGCCAAGGAGGCGUUCCUCGAGUACUUCAAGAACGUUGCUGACUGGGACUUCUUACGGUUUGCGAGUUUAAGCGAACGGGCAGUCGAGUUUCUCUUACAAGCAGAAGGCCUGGAAGGGGACGGGGAGGAGGUGGUCUUCAACGGGGCCCACUUCUGGGUGCGAGAACGCUUCCCGGAAGUCAAGGAGAGGCGAGAGGCACUUCUGCGCUUGGCACGUCAAAUCAGGUUUGGGUGCAUACGAGGCGAAGUGUUAGAGACACUACUGCACGACCCGGAUAUGCAGUUGCCUGAGCUCCAAGUGCUAGUUCUCAGGGGGCUGGUUUUCCAAGCGUACUCGGAACCAAAGAAGCUCGAAAGUAUGUGCGAUUUCUCUCGUUUACGGAGCGGGUUUAGAGAAGCAAUCAUUGAUCUCGUUUUGAACGUGGUCAUAGACGAGAAGGGCUCGAGAACUGUGUCUCGACCAGUGACAUGGAAUGAUAGAACGUGGUGUCUCGAAGUCAAGAAGUCGACCCGACAAGACUCGGCGACAGUAGCCGUGUACUUGAACCGCGGUGCUCUGGCCAAGUCCGCGGAGGAUUCGAAUCAGGUAGACCAAGUGGAAGUCCAGUUCUUCGCAAGAACGUGGCCGAGCGGCUAUUGGGCGUUGUUGAAGCAACGGACGUUAACCUUCACAAAGACGACGUCGGAAGGAAGGGGAAGCGGGGACAUGUUCGGCAAGCCAUGGCACCUGAUUGAUACCUCCGAGUAUGCAGGUUGCACCAAGGAGGUCACGCUCAGAGUUGUGGCUAGACGAUUGCCUGAAGAUUCGGAAUCAGAUGAAGACUAGCCUAGGCUUCCUACUGCCAAUCCGUUGAUAGAAAGGACGUCAUUGAGUUGCACAGACCUCUCAGAUGAAUUUCAACGGAUGCCUGACCUGUCGAUAUAAACCGCAUGUUGCAUUGAAGGUGGCCCAAGGAAAGGUCGGG